AUGAGCGGGCUAGAAUGGCAAUACUGGUUAAGACUGGCAGCAAUCAGGAACUACCAAUGUUGUAGCCUUGCUGGAAAUAGCCUGCGGGCUCUGGCUGGCAUGUUUUCCCAAGACGUAGCUAGUCCAUUUGAACUGGGCGAGACCCAGAUAGAGAAAUUAAAAGUAAAUUAA